AUGGCCGACCCCAGCGCAACCGCUAAAAUCGCCGCGGAGGCCGCGGUUGUCCAAGAACAAUUUUCGCUCAUUUUCGUCGCGUCAUUCAUCGGGCAAAUCCUCUUUGGCAUUGUCGUCGCUCAGGUCUACAUUUACUACACUCGUUACCGGAGCGAUCCUGGAUGGAUGAAGCUAGUCGUAUUCUUCAUUUUCCUCUGCGAUGUUUGCAGCGCCAUAUUCACAAUCGCUUGGAUGUACUUCUUGUUCAUAUCGCACUGGGGAGACCUCGUGGCCUUCUCUCAGACGACAUGGAUGCUCUCCACAGAUCCUCUCAUCUUAGGACUGAUGACCUGUGCGACACACUUUUUCUUCGCCAGGCGCAUUUAUGUCAUCACUGGGAACAUUUGGCUCGCCGGCAUCAUCUGUAUCUUCGGUCUCGGGACACUUGCUGGUGCUCUGGCUGCGAUGAUAUCGUUCCUGCAAGUGUCGUCUCUUGCUGACCUCACGUCAUUGAAGCCAAUCGCUAUAGUAUGGCUGCUCUUUGCUGCGGUGGGCGACGUGACGAUCACCCUCAUCAUGAGCUGGUCUCUUAGAAAGAGGAAGUCCGGAUUCCAAAGGACGGAUCAACUCGUUGACAGAGUGAUUAGAGUGACAGUCCAGAACGGUCUUCUCACGUCAUUGAUGGCGACGGCCGCUCUUGUCCUAUAUCUCUCGACAGAUAUCCCGUAUCAUCUCGCCUUGUCACUCGUGUUGCCGCGAAUGUAUUCAAACACGAUGCUAUCUUCGUUCAAUUACCGAGAUGUUUCCAAGACCGAUGCCACCAAUGAAUAUGGUGGUGCAAGCAGUCUCUCGAAUGGAUUGCGACGAACACAGCAAACGGAAGUGGUAGUUCAUGUCGAAGCGCAUGAGCUGGCGGACGCAACCAAAAGUGAACGCGACUGGGAGUUAUCUGGUAAGACCCAUGCGGUGUGAUUGUGCUCUUGUUUUUGCGGGGCUAGAUGCCCUCUUUCAUUCUCGCACGCAUGUACAAGUUGCCUUAGAGGUGCAAUUCGGGUUGUUGAUUCGACUCAAUUGUUGGGUGCGGUGUGGAAAGAUGUCUCCCUCCGACACAUAAUGAGAACCUCGCGUAGAUCAUGG